AUUUAAAACUGCUUUCAGAAUAUGGUAGAGAUUGCCAGAAUUGACACGUUUUUUUAAUCGUGUGUGUUCAAAAGAUCCUUCUUUAGAAAAUGUUCAAAUUUAGCUAACGGCAUUCCUUAACACACUUCAGCCUGUGUCAUCAAAAUAAGAAAACCCAACAGAAAUUCCCAGCAGAGUGUAAGGUAGCAGAUUAUUCAUCAAGAAUAAAAAUAAGGAGUUGUGGUUCCCAGAGCAAUCAGAAUUUGGCCAUUUUGUAUUAUAUUGGGGCACAGAAAUUACAGUGUACAGAACUUCUACUACUAAACAAAAGUUGAUAAGGAAAUAGUUAAUUCCCUUUCAGUUUUGCAGUUAGUGUACACACCCACCAGAUGGAGCUUCUGGCACCAGUGGAAAAUUCCAGAAAUCGAGCAAGAAUGAGAAGUGUGUGAAUGACUUAGAAGAUCCCUGUCUGCUGGACUGCAGAAGAUUUUUUUUUUUAACCUUUACAUGAAAAAUGAGUGGAGAGUAAGACACACCAGCCUUACUGAUUCCUUUCACUAGAACUGUCUUCCAUAGAAGUUUUUCAUCUGAUGGGAAGUUGGAGUUCUUAGUGUAAGAGUCACCAAGCUGAAGCUAGACAAUAAACUCAAAGAAAAGAAAAAAAAAAAAGAUAAAGCAGAGUUUUUUAAGCCGUAGCUGAAAACUGUAUAUAACUACUGAAAGAGCAUGUUAAUGUUUUUAGCCUAAGAGUUUCCUCCAGAGGAUUUUAAGUGGGUUUAUUGGGUUUUUUUCCAGUCCUACAUUUUAGAUGGACUUCUCUCUGGAAGGAGUAUUUACAUAGGAUGUCCAGAGAAGUGGUGUGAAACGGUCCUUUUUGUUUGACACAAAACUUGAAAUUUUUUGGAGGUAGCUGAUAUACUCUCUGAAGUGAUUUUUAAAUAUUUCUAAAUUCUUUGUUUUUUCAAAAGGACUUUUAAGAAAUGGACCGUUUGAUGGUGAGGGGGAAUUGAGGUGGUUUCAUGCCCACAGUGCUGCAGAAGUUUUACAAUUAUUUGACCAAAUAGCAAAUUACAUUUGUUGCUUUCCUUCAGUUCCAGUAAUCUUAGUUUUAAAACAAUGUCAGGUUUUUCCAGAGGGUUAGAUUUGGGUUUUCUGUUCGCUUCACGUCUUUUUAAUGUACCUGGUCCUGGUUUAGACAUAGACACAAGUUAAGGGGCUUGGAAGCUUGUGCUUUCUGAUGUGCCAGCCUAAGGUUGAAUCUAAGUGCUGGGUCUGACCAUGGCAGUGGCGCACACAGAAUGAUCUAGUUGGGUGUUGAGAGGUGUUUAGGCAGAAGUUAGCUGAAGGCCAUCAUGUUACAUGGGCAGAAGUUCGGUGUUGCAGAUGAUUGAGCUGAUAAAGCUGAGGAGAUGCUCUCUGUUGAAAAUGUUGCCAUGAGAAUGGAGCACACGCUGUUACAAAACAGCCUCCAUCCUGGGAUUAUAGCCGACUUGAAAAAUGAGCCCGUAGUUGUCUGGCGUUUCAGAUGUGCGUUAAACUGCAAAUCUCAUUACCUUCACAGGAGAUGUGGGUGCACAGCCCUCUGAAAACUAGGCCAGCAGUGCUUAAAUAAGGAGGAAAGAGAAGAGUCCACCAGAAGAAGGUGAAAAUGCUUAAUCAGGAUAUGAUCCUUCUUCUAUGUCCGGGCUUUGGCCUCACACAGUAGGUGUAAUAUAAUCGCUGAGGUGGGCGCUCUGGAAGGAGAAUUAUUUUUGGAGGCUUUUGCAUGAAACUUGUCCAAUGAGUCUGAGACGCCCAAGCACCAUUAAUUUUGGAGGAAAAAGAUGGAGUAUUGCAUGCUGGGAACAAGUGCUUUCCAUAAGGUACAGCAGCAGCUCAUGAUGCCCCGUAAAGCUUUUCUUUCCCAGAAAGAAAAGCAGGCUCGUGCCAGGGAAAGGGAUAUGUUAAAAAAGAGGAGGAGGCGACAAGACUAUCUGAAAAGAAGCGUGGAGCCGCAGAAAAAUGCAGAAACAAUAAAAUGGCACAGGGAUGAUGAGAAGAGGAGAGAAAAUGAGCAAGUUAAGGACAAAGAUAUCAAGAAGCGGUGGAGACAGGAUGAGAGAGAACGACGAAAGAAUGUGGACGCUAUGAAUUGGCGCAGGGAAGAUGAGAAGAGGGAAAAUGAGCGAGAAACUAUGUUCCAACUUCCUGUCAACAACCUUGGCAGUUUAAGAAAGGCCCGGAAAACUGUGAAAAAAAUACUUAGUGACAUUGGUUUGGAAUACUGUAAAGAACAUAUAGAAGAUUUUAAGCAGUUUGAACCUAAUGACUUUUAUUUGAAAAACACUACAUGGGAGGAUGUAGGAUUGUGGGACCCAUCGCUUACAAAAAAUCAGGACUAUCGGACAAAGCCCUUUUGCUGCAGUGCAUGUCCAUUUUCCUCGAAGUUCUUUUCAGCGUACAAAAGCCACUUCCGGAAUGUGCAUAGUGAAGACUUUGAAAAUAGGAUUCUCCUCAAUUGUCCUUACUGUACCUUCAAUGCGGACAAAAAGACUUUGGAAACGCACAUUAAAAUAUUUCAUGCUCCAAAUGCCAAUACACCGAGUGGAGGCAUCAGCACUUUUAAAGAUAAAAACAAACAUGAUAGCCUUAAACCUAAGCAGGCUGACAGUGUAGAACAAGCUGUUUAUUACUGUAAGAAGUGCACUUACCGAGAUCCUCUGUAUGAAAUAGUUAGAAAGCACAUUUACAGGGAACAUUUUCAGCACGUUGCUGCUCCUUACGUAGCGAAGGGAGGUGAAAAGUCACUCAAUGGUGCAGUCCCGUUAAGCUCCAGUGCCCGAGAGGAGGGUAGUAUUCACUGCAAACGAUGCCUUUUUAUGCCGAAAUCGUACGAAGCUUUAGUACAGCACGUUAUCGAAGACCACGAGCGCAUAGGAUACCAGGUCACAGCAAUGAUAGGUCACACUAACGUAGUGGUUCCGAGAUCCAAACCUUUGAUGCUAAUAGCUCCAAAACCCCAGGAUAAAAAGCCUAUGGGACUCCCUCAGAGGAUGGGUGCCCUUUCCGCUGGAAGCGUUCGAUCUCUUUCGUCACAGCAGAUGAUGAACAGACUCACUAUACCAAAGCCUACGUUGAAUUCCACAGGAGUGAAUAUGAUGUCUAAUGUUCACCUGCAACAAAACAAUUACGGAGUCAAAUCGGUACCACCCAGCUACGUCGGGCAGCCGGGGGGGAGGCUGAGCUUGAGCGGGAACGCGGUUUCUAUUCCGCAGCAGUCGCAGACAAUGAAACAGUUUUCAGCGAGCGGCAACGGAAGGCCUUACACCCUCGGAGGGGAACCGAGGUCAACCUCGGCGAGAUACUCUCUGCAGUCGGGCAAUUCAUCUUCUCUGUCAUCGGCUCAGCUGAAACAGGCGUCGUUGUCCCAGUCACAGGCAGCUUCGAGAGCGUUAGGUCAGUCCGGCUCGAAAUCUCCUGUAGCUGCUACAGGUCCUUCCGCUGUCAACACGUCGUCCACGCAGAAGUGGAAAAUCUGUACAAUCUGUAACGAGCUGUUUCCUGAAAAUGUGUAUAGUGUCCACUUUGAAAAGGAGCACAAGGCCGAAAAGGUGCCUGCAGUAGCUAACUAUAUAAUGAAAAUACACAAUUUCACUAGCAAAUGUCUAUACUGUAAUCGCUAUUUACCCACUGAUACGUUGCUUAAUCAUAUGUUAAUACAUGGUCUGUCAUGUCCGUAUUGCCGUUCGACCUUCAACGAUGUUGAAAAGAUGGCUGCUCACAUGCGGAUGGUUCACGUCGAUGAAGAAAUGGGACCUAAAACGGAUUCUACUCUAACCUUUGAUUUGACAUUGCAGCAGGGCAGUCACACGAAUAUACACCUUCUUGUAACCACCUACAACCUGAGAGAUGCUCCUGCCGAGUCUGUAGCUUACCACGCUCAGAAUACUCCCCCAGUUCCUCCAAAACCACAGCCAAAAAUCCAGGAGAAGUCUGAUGUACCUGUAAAAAGUUCUCCGCAAGCAGCAGUUCCCUACAAAAAAGACGUGGGGAAAACUCUCUGCCCUCUGUGCUUUUCAAUCCUAAAAGGACCCAUCUCUGAUGCACUUGCACAUCAUCUACGGGAGAGGCAUCAAGUGAUUCAAACAGUUCAUCCGGUUGAGAAAAAGCUCACCUACAAAUGCAUUCAUUGCCUCGGUGUCUACACCAGUAACAUGACGGCCUCGACCAUCACGCUGCACCUCGUUCACUGCAGGGGUGUUGGGAAGACCCAGAACGGCCAGGAAAAAGGUACUUCGUCCUCUCGGCUCAGUCAGUCUCCAGCUGUAGCCCCUGUAAAACGUACCUAUGAGCACAUGGAGUUCUCCCUCAUGAAGAAAAGGAAAAUGGAUGACGACGACUCCCCCUCUGCCUUUGAGGAGAAGCCUGAAGAACCCGUAGUUCUAGCGUUGGACCCCAAGGGUCACGAAGAUGAUUCCUAUGAAGCCAGGAAAACAUUUCUUACAAAGUAUUUUAAUAAGCAACCAUAUCCCACUAGGAGAGAGAUCGAGAAACUGGCUGCCAGUUUGUGGCUCUGGAAAUCUGAUAUUGCCUCUCAUUUUAGUAACAAAAGGAAGAAAUGCGUUCGAGAUUGUGAGAAGUACAAACCCGGUGUGCUGCUCGGUUUCAACAUGAAAGAGUUAAACAAGGUUAAACACGAAAUGGAUUUUGAUGCUGAAUGGCUGUUUGAAAACCAUGAUGAAAAGAAUUCCAGAGUCAAUGUUAGUAAGACUGUUGAUAAAAAAAUAAACUUAGGGAAAGACAAUGAAAGUUCCUCAGACAGCUAUGAAAAUAUAGAGGAGGAAUACAACGAAGGCGGUAGUCCCUUUGGUCAGCGCGUUUCUGACACUGGUGGGAAAACCUCUUCUGACAGCACAGCAGAAAACCCCGAGGACAGCAUAUCCAAGGAAAUCAUUGAAGAAACCACAUUACAGUCUCCAGAGAAGUCGGAUCAAAAACAAGAGGAAAGCUCUAAAUACGAAGAGAUUAUUUCUGCUGAAGAACCAGCAAAACUGGUAGGUGACGUUUCAGACAGCGAAGGUGAUCAAGAUGAUGCUGUGGAAUGGAAAGAUGGAGCUUCACAGUCCGAAAGUGGACCUGGUUCUCAGCAGGUUUCUGAUUUCGAAGAUAAUACAUCAGAAGUCAAACCAGAAGUGUGGACAGAUGAAUCCUCCCAAAGUGAAGAUGCCGGCAGCAGCAAACCCACUGCUGAGACAAAAGGGGCUGGAUCUGAAAGUGAUGAAGAACAGUCAAAGUGGAAGAAUCGUUCCUAUGGAAAAGUAGAGGAGUUUUGGUCUAAGGACCAGUCGCAAUGGAAAAAUGCGCCGGAGAUGGAGGAGAACUUGUCGAAUCAGCAGAUGGAAUGGCAGAACAGCACAAUGGACAGCGAGGACGGGGAGCAGUUUGACAGUGUGACUGAUGGGGUGGCAGAACCCAUGCACAGCAGCUUACCGGGCGUGGAGCUGAGCAGCCAGCAGGCGUAAGCUCCGGGAGUGUCACUCACCCUGUCCCACCCCAAUGUCCACACACCUUCAUUUCAGAAUGACUGCUGAGCUCAAACUGGCUGGUGCUGCCCUUCCCAGUGCCGGGUGGUGGCCAGUGGGGGUUGUGGCCACUCACUCCAGUGGUCACCUAAGGAUGCUGUUGGCCAAUCGUGCGUGAGAAUUCCUGCUGGAACGAGCACAGUAACUUAAUGUGAAAACGGAUAAGCUGGGGGCUCCGGAAUGCACAGAGAAAAGCAGAGGUUUAUUUUAUCUGCAUUGUCAACAUUUAUUUCACUCUUGUACAUGUUCAGUUGUAUGUCUUUUUAAACAUUACCCUUUUUCACAUGGUAGUGUAGGGCCAACCAUCCAAGCUACCGGUUCAACGUGUAUAGUAGACUAUGGGGAAAUUGAUUUUUUUCAUGUAUCAUUCUGAAUAGUUGAAAUGUAUAUUUGUACAGUCUUUUAGACCUAUUCAAGUGAAGCUUAUGAAAUUGUUCUUGUGUACCCAUCAUAGAUUUGUUUCUCUUUUUUAGUGUUGCCCUGCUGUGUAAUAAAUGCUGUAUCUAGUUUACCUAGCAAAAGCUUGAAACUGCUAUAGUAUGAAUUUUGACAAACUUAGUUUUUGCACAUAACCUUGUACAAUCUCAAAACAGAGGCCAGCGACAUUAAAAAAAAUAUAUCUGGACUCUAUUGUAUUAUAGAAUUUUCUUGUUCUGAAUAUCCUUGACAUUACAACUGAUGACAAACGUAUUUCAGAGCCAUUUUCUGAAAUCUUUUAAGCUAAAAAAAAAAAAAGAAAAAUCACAUGCAAGAAACAAGUUUGCAGCUACUAAUUUUGACACCUUUUAGAUCUGUAUAAAAGUGUAUUGUGUUGAAGCAGCACACUGAAACAAAAGUGCUGUGUUUUGAAUAUUUAGUUUUAUCUUUAGUUAACACCAACAAGGUGUUGUAUUCAUUUAUACCAUCUAAUAUAUGACACACUGUUGUAGUAUGUAUAAUUUUGUGAUCUUUAUUUCCCUUUGUAUUCUUCAUUUAAGCAUCUAAAUAAAUUGCUGUAUUGUGCUUAAUGUAAA